AUGCUCACUGGAUUACCUCCGUCGUCGCUGUGCGCCAGACACCUCGAGUGCUGCUCAACUCGCUGUGGACAGGUUGGCGAGCAGGAUUUGAUUUGGAACGUCGGCAGAUUGUUCCUGAUGCGUGACGAUUGCAGUCUGAAGCAGACGCAGUCGUUCACAGAAGAUGCCACGCGCCCUUCUGAGGAGCUUGGGCUUCAGCGACAGAGGCGAGACGUCGAGACUGGGAACUCUGCGCUGGGCGCCAAUCUGGCUCGGCUCAAAACCGGGUCAAGUCUGGCGAGUGAGAUGCCUUUGCUCUUGCCUCGCCUCUGUCGAUCAUCACCCUCGAUGGCUCGGGCGUCGCCGCAACGGCUCGCGCUAACAGAUCAUGGCUUUGUGUUAGCGUCUGGGCAGCAUCUGCGAUUAGUCUCGCUUUCAGGACAGUUGCAGGCCUUGGCUUCUGACGAUGGCCCAGCACACUCGGCGAUGAUUCGAGACUUGCUCGUAGCCCGUACGCACGCGAGUGAAGACAUUCUGAUCACGUCUGCCAGCGACAAGACUGUCAAAUUUUGGUCAUUGCCCGACCUUGCCCUCCUCAAUUCGUGCACUGUCGUCAAACGAUUGAACGGUCUUGCGCUAUCGCCCGGCAGAAGGACGCUCAUCUGUGCGGACAUGCACGGCGAUGUUUACACACUGAGCUUACCUGUCUCCAUCGAAGAGCUCAAGACGAUGUCUCUCAGGCCAGAGGGACCUGUGAUGGGCCACGUGUCCAUGUUGACGUCCUGCUUGCUCAGCUCAGACGGAAAGCAGCUCAUCACAGGCGACCGCGACGCUCAUCUUCGUGUCUCCCGCUUUCCGAAUCCAUACAUCAUCCAGUCUUUCAUCUGGGCUCACACCGCCUAUGUCUCCAGGCUGAUGCUGCUCGACGACCAUACCCUGCUCAGCGCAGGCGGCGACAAUUUUAUCGCCGUCUCAGAUCUCAGGACGGCAUCUGUAUCUCGCAGAGUGGAUGUGACUGCUCUGGCGCAGUAUGCGUCCCCAAAGAUUGCCAAGGAGGCCUCGUUCGCCAUUCCGCGACACUCGAGACGAACCAAGAAGAAUAGGGAGCGGCAGCAAAGCGGCACACCUGCUCUAUCCGACGAGCCGGAGCAAAGCGAAGCUGCAGAUCCCGAGGUAGAGGACGUGGCGCCCCAGAGAGUAGCUAUCAAUCGGCUGUUACGGAUAGGACAAUACGUCGCUGUCGCUUCAGCAGGGAACACUGCGCUGUUGCUGAUACCAUUGACAUCCUUCACAUCUGAAGCGAAAGCAGUACCCAUCGCCUUCGACCUCGCCGUGCCUGUGCUGGACUUGCUUGCUCGGUCUGACAAUGAACUACUAGUCUCUACCCUCUCGCCUGACGCAGAAAGUAUGAGACUACUCAGGAUCGACGACAAAAGGCUGGUGGACGUGUCAGCCUCAUCUGACUGGCUCAGUGAGUUCAGAGCGGCAUCUCGGGUGCAAAAUGCGGCGCACGACGUGAAGGAGCUGUUCCCUGAAUUACAUCUGCUGCUCAAGCAAGAUUACGAUGAUUCAAAUGCCAACGGCGAAGAGGCUGCAGAUGUAGUAUACGAACAGCAGCUCGGAACGAAGCAUGCGGUCGCAACUAAGAGACGAGGGCCAGGCGCGGCGCAGGUCGUCCAUCGUGGUCAGAAAGCCAAACGCCGAAAGAAGAACGCAGAAGCUAGAAGUGAGGCAGCAUCGACUGCUAGUGCGUCUGUAGAGGAUGCAUAGAGAGUGGUGUAUGCUGAGUUGCGUCAACAACAAAUGAACAAGUGAGAAUCUCAAUCGCAAUGGCCAUCCUUCCAGCCGUCUUUCCAUCGUUCGUCUACUUUAUCGCA